GUUGUCCUGGCGGAAGCGAGCCACCACCACCUGGAUAUGACAUCGCGCAAAGCUUAGUCCGGAGAUGAUGCGAGAUUAACGAGGAGACGAAAGCGGCCGAUCGUGGCUGAGCUUGUACCAUCCCAAGAGAGCCGUGCCGCCAUGUAUUUGAGGACGCUGUUCGGGUACCUGAGGAGCAGCGACGCCGAGCGGGAGAAACGCGUGACCGAGGAUGCAAUCAAGCCGUGUCAGGACUUGGAAAUGCAGCAGCCGAAGAUCGAGGAGAAGGAGAGACUCUGGUUACAAUGGCUCUCUGCCCUUAGUUCAAGUUUCGCGAUGAUUAGCUGUGGCAGCCACUUUGGCUGGACAUCCCCGGCCCUGCCUCACCUCACGGGCCCCGACUCCGAGUUCUCGGUCACGGUCUACCAGGGCUCCUGGAUCGCCUCCAUUUACAUCCUCGGGACUAUCCUUGGAUCGCUCGUCAGUCCACCGAUGGUGAAUCGCAUUGGUCGGAAACGCGCUUUCCUGGCCUUCAUCCUGCCGCAGUUAGCCGGCUGGGCCAUGAUCGUGCCCGCUCGCUCCUACCAGGUUCUCUACGGGGCGCGACUGAUCGCCGGUCUCGGCCACGGGGGCAUCUACAACGUCGCUGUCAUCUACCUGGCGGAGAUUGCGGACAAGCGGGUGCGGGGGGCCUUCGGCACGCUCCUCAAAACGUCAACGAACCUGGGCAGUCUCUUCUCCGCGACCAUGGGCGCCUAUCUUAGCUACGAGAAGCUGAACCUGGUAUCGCUCUGGCUGCCCCUCGUAUUCCUCUGCACCUUCGUGUUCAUGCCCGAGUCGCCGUAUUUCCAUUUGAUGCGCGGCCGCGAGGAUCGGGCCAUCGAGACGAUGCUACGUCUGCGUAGACUCACGAAGCCCGAGAGCGUGCGCCGUGACCUGGAGGCGAUGCGGCUCACCGUAGCCGAAAGUCGGCACGCGCGAGGUGGUCUCUGGGAGCUCGUGACGAAGCCAAGCAAUCGCCGCAGCCUCUGGAUUCUCUUGAGUCUUAAAGUGACGCAGCAGCUAUCCGGUCAGAUGGCCAUAAUCGCCUAUACCCAGGAGAUCUUCGGGCACAGUGGCUCGAGACUCGCGCCCGAGCACGCGGCUAUCGUUCUUGGUUUCGCCCAAUUGGCCGCUGGCCUCUUGGUGGCAAAUCUCGUCGACCGGAUGGGUAGGCGACUCCUGAUCAUUUGUUCGGGUUGCGUGGCUGCCGCGGCCCUCGCUGUCGUCGGGACGUUCUUUUACGCCCGGGAAGAGCUGCGCGUCGACGUCUCACAAAUAACGUGGAUACCUAUCGUUGCUCUCAUCACCUAUGAGAUCGUCGUCGCCUUGGGUAUUGGUACCGUGCCCUACGUCAUCCUCGGUGAGAUCUUUCCGACGAACGUCAAGAGCGAGGCAGUGGCCACAGCCAUUAUCAUCGGCUCGUUGUUUGCCUUCGUCGUGGGUCUCGGAUUCCAGGCCCUCAACUCCGUUGCCGGCAUACACACGACCUUUUGGUUUUUCUCCGUGUGCUGCUGCAGUGGCAGCGUUUGGGUCUACCUGAUUACGCCGGAGACUAAGGGUAUGAGCUUGGAGGAGGUCCAGGAGCUCUUCAACCCCCAAAAGCCAAGGAAUAACGGCUGAUCUAUGCUCGGGCUGAUACCGGGCA